AUGUCCUGGAACACUCCGAGUUCUGGAGGUUUCCAAGCAAUGGCGCCUUCCGAGGCCCAACCGUAUAUGAGCCACGAACAGCUUUUGAGUAACAGAGACGGUAAGCUAAGCUUGCAUCGUCUUGAAGAUUUUUUUGGUUCAAGAUGACCUUUCUUCUUUUCUUCGGGCCAGCGAGAUGUUAAUGGCUUAUCUGUAGAGUUAAAUCUCCGAGUUAUUGUUUCGUGAAGUAGUGAGCGAGUGAAUUUUUCUUGUAUUGUAGCUCUCGAGAGAAAGCUUUCGCAAAGAAGACCUCGACAAGAACUUGUGAGCAUAGGAAUAAUGCCAGGUUUGUAUCUGGGGUCUUGCCAUUAAGUGAUCCAUCCUCGAUCCUUCUUGUAACAUCUUUUUUUAUUUUGUAUUUUUAGCGGUUAGUGCUGCACCGGCAAUACUCUCCCAGAGGACAAAACUCGAAAGAGCCAAGGCAAGUUUCGGACUCGUGUUGUGUUUGUUGGUCCUUGAAUUGGGGUCCCUUCAAUAUAGUUGGGAGAGCGAAUAAAUAAAUGAAAAGAUAGGCAGAAAACAUUUAUAACAUGCCAUUUGUUUUUAUUAAUUUGUCUUUCAGACUGGUGAUAUUCUACAAAAGAAAAUACGGGCAAGACCAAACCGCGCUCAGCUGAUUCAAAAGCAUAUUCUAUAUGGUAUGUACUUUUAAUAUUAUUAUUGUCCUGUCAAGCUCGAUCACCUUUCAGGAGUGGAGUUAUGUUCGCGUGAUUUGACAGUGUGAAUUGAAACUAAGGAUUCACACAGAGUAUUGUAUGGCAAAUGUUUUCGACUCUUUCAGCAAAUUUAAAGUUUCACAAGCUGAAUAUCUUGUCAUAUUGUCAGUUUUAAACGGUCGGCUUGUUCAGAACAACAGUUUGUUUGUGUCGAGAAUUCCUUCAGUUCAUUUAUAUUUUUUUCACAAUAAGUGUGUCCACUCACUAAAAAGAACACAGCUUGAUAACUUCCAUGUGUUGCUGUAUCUAAAGAACUUUGUUCUGUGAGCUAGAUUUAAUUUCUCGGGUAACGGUUCAUGAAAAGUGUUUCGAUCGGGUGCUAUGUGCCUUAUGCAACUUUCGCUUUCUGUUUUUUCACCUCACGAUACCCAUCAGUACUAGUGUUUUAGCUGUCAUAAUUCUUUCUGUUACAUCUGCUCACUCUAGUUUGCUGCAUCAAAGAAAACACGGAUAGGAUUUGGUGUCUUUUUCGGCUUCACUGUUUCUUUGACGUGCUUGAAAGCAAGAGUAAGAAAUUGACACCUUUACUGUCGAUAUCAUUCAGCGCGUUGGAAUUUUUAUUUUUUUGUGGUAAAUUUGUCUCUAGAUAAAACCAAAGUUUUUUGAAGCAGAAAGAGAUAAUAUAAACUCACCCUUUUUCAUUGACCUUUGAAGAGUAUUUGCGCAACUUUUACUUCCACGAAUUCCAAAUUAAUAGAGUUAAUCCGAGAAAGUAUCUUUUAUUGAUCUUACCACAUUCUAAGUACGUGCGAAUCUUUUGUUCUUCUCUGACUUUCUCUCUGUUGUCGUUUUUCCAAGUAUGAGCUCUGUUAAACCUAUGGAUUAUCUUGUUUGAGAGACAGAAUUUGUUAAAGAUAUCUAAAAAACCAAUCCAUUUAUAUAUAAAACAAAGGCAAAAGAUUUAUUAUGACUGUUUUUUGGUCAUAUUUCAAUUUUUGAUUAUGUCAGUUAUGCCUUUUGACUCUUAGUCUUUAUCAAAAGGCAUAAUUAUACAACCCACCUUUUAAUUUCACAAUUAUUGUUCCAUUCAUUCAGUUGCAGUUUAUCUACAUGUGACUCUUUAUUAAAUUACAACCUCUUAAUGAUAUUAUUGUUGACCAAUGCAACUGUGAUGAAAAAAUGAACUGUAAGAAGAAACUAGUUUCAGCAAAGCUGGAUGUAAUUGGGUGAUCUGUUUGGAUUGGUUUGUGAUGUUGGCCGUCACAUUUUAAAUGGUUUAAACUUCAACGAAAACUGAAGAGAAACCUCAAAAGCGACCCAUCCUACCAUCUUUUGAAGAAGGCACUGAAAAAAGUGCCAAUGAUAGCUUGAGAGACAUCUUUAUUCAAUGGAUAUACAGACACACACUAGCUACACAGAGAAAGAGAUUUGCAAUCACAUUUUGGAAGGGAAAAAACUCAUCAAAAGGUUGAAACUUCAACAAAAAGUGAAGAAAAACCCCAAAAGAUACUCAUCAUAGCAUCUUUUGAAGGAGACGAUGAAAAAGUGUAGUACGCUAGCUUCAAACACCUCUUUAUUUAAUGGCUGCCUUCGCUUAAUAUGCUUUAUCGUUACUGCGUUAAUAAUUGAUAGUGUUUAUUUUGACGACAUAAAACCGGGGGGGGGGAGUACUCUCUUGCAUUAACCGUAUAGAUAUUUCUCUGAAAUCGUGUCAAGAUUAGGAGAGCCAGAUGACGCACCCCCACUACGACUUCCCCCAAAUACCCCCCUCCCAGCGAAGAAAAUGAAUGUGUUUUAUAAACUGGGCUGGCCACAGGUAGCCCAGUUAACAAGCCUUGUGUUUGUGAUGCAGUGAAACCUGUAUUAAGCAGAUACCGUAUUAAGCGGACACCCUCUAUUAAGCGGACAGUAGCCGAAGUCCCCAAAUUUAUUUCCCUUAUUUGCUUUAAAUGAAAUCUUUAUAAAGCAGACACCUCUAUUAAGCGGAGGUGGACACCUAAAGAGUACCUGAAAUGGUCAUUUCUAUUGUUGCCGACCUGUAUUAAAGGGACACUUAAAAUUAAAUUCCACCACCCAACACACCAGACACUGGAAAUGAUUGCCUUGAAUUGCCACCCACAAAUUUUUCGAUUUUUACAUUUAAAAACAUGACUUGACGAACUUAUUUGAUUAGUUUCACAGUAAAGGAUUGUUUUCUAUUUCGUUUUGUUUGUAUAGGGCUUGUUUCACUCAUCUGAUUUCUUCAAAUUUGAGUUGCAAUCCAUGUUUAUUGUACUAUGAUCAACUGGUUCACUUUGAUGAAGAAAUUAAUGCAAACUUCUGUCAUCAUAGUCUCUGGGAGUAUUAUAAAUGCUUCCACUGUUCAUUUGAAUGGCAUUUGACACCUCAUAUGACGUUAUAUAUCGAAACCUGUAUUAGGCGGACACCCUGUAUUAAGCGGACACUACAGCAUUCCCCGAGGGUGUCCGCUUAAGACAGGUUUCACUGUACUUAGAAGCUAGUUGGUACAUUUGAGACCUUUUCAUGCAUUCAUCAGGUGUUCAUGUAGCAACAACAAUUUGCCAUCUGUCCUCUUUGAAUUUGUUACUUUUAAUAUGGUAUUCCUCCUCCCAUUUCUGCUGAAUCCAAGUGAGAGGUAUGCUCUUUCCUGAUAUAAGCUCAGUGUAGGGAGAGAUUUUGAUAUGGGGAUAUCAUAAGUGUGACAGAGUCAGAGUCAGAAGAAUCAGAACGUUUCCAUUUCUUCCAACUUCACUUACAACUCCGCCGUUUAUGUUCUGCUUAUGAUCUAGUGACAACCAGAUUGUCAGAGUCGGAAGCAGAAGCAGAAAGAUAAACCAAUCGCAAUGCACAUUCCCACGCUUUGUGAUUGGUUUAGUUCUUCUUUUUUUGCUUCUGACUCUGACAAUCUGGUUUUCACUAGAUCAUAAGCGGAACGUAGGUGACGGAGUCGUAAGCAGAAUCAGAACGCUGUUUUCACUAGAUCAUAAGCUCUAGACUUCUGAUUACGACUCCGACUCCGUCGCUAAUGAAAACCAGCCUUUAGAAUAUACUUGUACCACCAGUACAUAAAAAUAUGCCAUUUUUCUUCAGAAACACCUGGUGCUGUGGAUCCGUCUUUGGUUGACAAACAGAUGAGAUUGAAAAGGAAAAAGUUGGAAGAUAACCUCAAUGACAAGUUAUCAUUUAGACCUGGACCACUAGAACUUGUGAAACAGAAUAUUUUAGAAGCAGGCACUGAAAUGAGCCAUGCCGUGCAAGAAGGAACAGUGCCUUUUACUGAAACCACUUCAAAUUAUAGAGAACCUAUUUCACCGGAAAGUGUUGACUCACCUGAACCAUCUCCUGACCCAAGCAACAUUGCAUCACCACCAAGCGUUUCAUCAUCACAUAGUUUUGCAUCGUCUCCAGGAUCAACAUGUAUAACGUCCACAGUGCAGGCUCUUGCUUCACUGCAAGCGCAAACCCGCAAGCAUUCUCUGGAACAACAAGAACAGCAGCAGCAGCAACAUCAGAUGUUUUUACAACAGCAAAAUGGCCAGCAGCAAGUGUUGCCUUCACAGCUUCCAGUGUCUUCCACUGGAACAAAAAAGGAAGCCAGGUCUCGCAAGAAAACUGCCAAACCAAAAGUUAAGAAGUACAAAUAUCAUGAGUAUAGGCCCCCCAAUGGUGAGGUGCAGAAAUCUGAAUUACCAUCAGACUCACCAUAUGGUUUACUUUUACAACAACAACAGCUUUACCUUCAGCUUCAGGUGUUGUUUCAAAAUUAUCCGCAUCAUUGCAUGUUGCCUUCUAUUCCGGAGAAUGCAAAAGUUAGCUCAAAUGGUGGUAAGAACAAUAAUUCAAAUGCAGAGAAACCUGUAAAAAUUGAGGAGAUGAGAGUUGUUGAUAUGAGAAGGGCUCUAAAGGAACGUGGACUUCCAGUGUUUGGCUCAAAAACUGAUUUAAUUAAGCGGCUUCAAGAGAUUGGGGCCUUUCCACCUCCUGAGCCAAACGCAAGCAUCACAAUAUCACCUCCUUUAGUGUCUACACAGGCGCAAGUAACAACAUCAGCCCCAAGUUCUUCCAGUGCUCAAGCUCUUCCAACAAAUGUAGUCCAUCCAUCCUUGCAUAGAUCAAAUUCUCUACCAUUACAGAGUCCAAAUUUGAAUACCGUGCAGCAGCUGCAGAUGCAGAUCUUAGCAAAUAACCAGAGUUUACAACAACUGAAAGUCCCGCCUGAGGUCCAGCAGCAACUGCAGCAGCUCCAGUAUCUGAACUUGCAGCUACAGCUGCAGCACUUGAACAUCCAGCAGCAACAGAAUAUCCAGCCAAAGCCGAUGGAUACUCCAGUUACUUGUCAGACUGCAAGUGUGAAAACAGAGACUCUUACCAACAACACCUGUACAUUUCAGGGUAGUCCUGUCAAUCAGAGCCAAACUUCAGAGCAGAAGCCAGUGCCAUUUGCUGUAAAGCAAGAAUGCCAGACUGUGCAGAUGUCACCCAGAAAUCCUCAUCAGCAACAGCUGGCUAAAACGCAAACACAAGUUAAGCAACAACAGGUUGACCAAGUUAAUCAGGCUUUGGUACAUUUGCACGAACAAGCUCAGUCACUGGAUAGUAUAGACUCAAACGCAAGCAGUGUUGAGAGCCAGGUUCUGUCGUGGGACCAGCAGCAUCCACUGUUUGAUGGAGAGAGUGAAUCAUAUCCAUCACCUGGUUCUCAGCUUUCAGACAUGUCAAAUUUAUCCCCCUUGCCAGCAGAUAACCUUUCUCAUAGCAUGGAUUCAUUACACAGCAGCAGUGUUUUCCAUGGAAAUGCAAAGCCUGACAAUCAGCUCAUUCCAGGAUCCUAUCCUGAGAGGUCUUCUGAUGAAUACCUUUCAAUGGUUCCACAAAGAAAACCCAGGUCCUUGUCUGAGCCUCAAUUUCCUGUUUCCACUCACAGGCGGACCUCAUCAUUUCCAUCAAUCCCUUUUGCUACCCCACCACCAAGUUAUGAAGCUGCUGUGGCGGCCCAGUCACAAAAGCAGUUUCAGAAUGUCGGUUUUGGAAGCCAGAUGGUUGGUGGCUUUCCCAUCAUGAACAGUGUGAGUCCAAAGCAGGAUGACAUGGACUUGCAUCUUGAUUCUGUUAUUCAGGACAAGGAAUUAAGUCAAGAACUACAGAAGGUAUCUUAGAUUGAGAGCUGUUCAGUGAGCCUCAUUUAGUCGUACACAAAAAGUGCUUUGACUUUUAUGAAUAGACUGUUCCCUCAUUUCUAUGAGUAAAGGCAGAAACUUGAGGCUUGGGGGGUGACAAAUUUCAUUGAUUUGACUCCCAGUAACUAUGUUUGAUUGAAGUUAAAGCAAUGUGUUGCUAUUGAGAAAGAGUACAAACAGAAUGUCAUUUAGCACGGAACAACUCCGAGAAGCAAUAAGGGACAAUAUUGUUAUCAACACUUUAAGCAGGGAUGGUACUCAGAUUAUACUGCUAUUACUAGGUGGGGAAGUGAACAGCUAGGAAGUUCUUUUGGUUGUGUUUUCCGUUAGCUUCCUAUGAAAGUAGCUGGGGGAAAUCAGAGGCAAACCUGCUUCAAGAAUAUGGGUUACUUACCACUUACAUUGUAAAACCGGAAAUUCUGGUUGGAAAAUCAAAUGGUUCAUGACAUUCUGUUUUUGAAGGUUCAGAAAAUGUGGGCUGUGAUUUGAGACGAUGCAAUUUUCUUAGUCUGUUUUGUCUGAUAUACUUUGUAGUGGUUUGUCCUCCCACCAUAUAAAAUUUUAUAGUUUUAUGUUUAUGCACAAGAUUUCCACUCAGGUGGUUUGUGUAAAAUGUUAAGCACCUCAGAACUCACAGAACUUUACACUUUUGUAGUUUUAAGUUGAUUUGUUUCUUGCAGGCUAUGAUGAAGAAUUUUGCUUCACUUAAUCAUGAUGACAUACUGGAAAUACUUGGAGGUAAGUAUCAAUGAACUGGUGUCAUUUCCCUGGUUAUAGAACCUAUUUCAUUCUUUUAGAUAAUGUAGCAAGCCUCUAUUUGAUAUUUUUAACCCACUGAUAUUGAUGUGUGGUAAUAUAGUAUCUUGGGAGACCUCUGGCCCUUUCCGGCAAGAUUCUUAACUGCCUUUUAGAUAGUUGUGAAUGAAAAUGCUCCGAACUAUUCACUAUUUUCACAUAGACUAUAAUGCUUCUUGUUUAGUAACCCCUCCAAAAUUUUGCAAACAUUGUCUUCAAUUUCCCUUGAGACGACUGUAAAUACCUCAGAGAAAUAGAGAGGAGAAAUGUGAUGUCAGGUUACCAUGGUAGCAAAAUUUCUGGAUCACAUCAAUAUGGUGUUUAAGCAACAUCGACGGUGACGGCAAGAAGAACAUCAAGAGAGCAAUAGGUUUAUAUUAGCAAAACAAAAACUUUGAACAUGCAUCACGGUUGUUUGUACACUUCCUAGUUGUCAUUGCAUGAUUCCUAAUGUCACGCGCCCUCUUUUUGGAGUAGGUGAACACAAGGCAAAAAAAUUUUUCUUUCAGACUCAACCCCAGAAAAUUUUGCGAACAUUUCCACAAAUUAAAUGAAAUUAAAUAAGACAGAUAAAGUUUGAAACAGUGCAAAUUCCCUUUUUAAGUGAUGUUUGCGGUUUGUUGUCAUUGAAAAAUUUGCUACCAUGGCAACAUGACAUAACCAUUGCUUUCAAUAGAGAGGAGAAGUCGUUAUGUAGUAUUUUUUUUGGGGGGGGGGGGGGGGUAAACAAGGUGCAUUAUGGUCUCUGUGAAAAUGGUUGGAGUGAUUUGAAGGUCCAAGCAAUUUCAAACCAAGAGACAAGAAGGCCUCAAAUUUAACAUAGAUGCUUACUGUCCCCAACUUUUUUGAUAAAUGUUGGUCUGUAAGUGCCGCGGAUGGCUAUUGCAGCAUGUUUCUCAGUUAUCAAUACUUUUUUGGCGUAAGUCACAGCAUGCAAAGGAAGUCUCGUCUGAUAGCCCGAGGCUAGUGGACUUUGCUUUCAGGCUAUCUUAACUUGCCUGAUCAACAAGUGAAGUUUUUCGGAAAUUCAAAUUACAGAAAAUUUGUAAUCAUUAUCCUGCUCAUCUAAAAAAAUUUUCAUGUUAGUUAAAAUGGCUCUUUAGCUAGUACAUUCUAGCUACAGCUUGUAAAACUGACUUCUUUUUCACCCUGUGUCACCUUUUUAGAAGUUAUUGUUUGACACUGGACACAGGAGCCCCUUAAUUUCUUUGCUGCCUACUUUUUUGGGCAAUUCUAAGCAUUUAUUAUUGUUUAUGACAACUACAAGUAUCAGCAGUUAAAGGCAUAAUUGAAAAAAGGAAACAGUAUGCAAAAAAAUAGAGUUCAGUUCCCAGUGGACCACUUUGCCCCUCUAACAUGUCUACUAUCCCUUUGUUUGCCCCUCUAACAUGGCUACUGCAACAAAGUGAACAGACUCUGUAGGGUGACCUAGUUGAAGCUUACAUUCAUGUCCUUAAAAUUCUUCAUAGAGCCUUGUAGUCAGUUCCCAACAACUAUAGUAACAAAUUCUUUUGCUGGAAUAAUGACUCCUUCACUAACAACAUCUGGAAAUCAACCACCAAUGAGCAAGUCGCCAAGCUAUGGAUCUUACCUAAGCCAACGCUUUGUUCCUCCAAGUCAAAACUCCCCGGGAAGGAUGUCACGAAGCUGUGAUGAUGUAAGCCAGUUGUCGGUUAACAACAAAUUUCCUUUUCAAGCAGAAAAUGGUGCAAUGUAUGACUUUGAUAACUUUCUUACAAGUCCAUUGUCGCCCAUGAAAAUUGACUCUUGUGACACAGAUGAUAGCCCAGGUUUACUGUUUAACUCAUCAAACUCCAUACCCAUCCCAUCCUCGAAUGGUAUUGUUGGAAAGACAGACACUUUGAGCUGGCUCGACUUAAGCAUGUCACCCACAGCUCAGCAGAAUAUUCCACAUGCCAAUGUUGAACUUACAUCAAUACAUAACAACAAUUAUAAAGGGACUCCGCCAUUAAAUUUGUAUGACGACCAUGAACAUACGCCAUUGUCACUGUUUGACUUAGAAACACCUACUGCACUUCAUCCUCCGAGUGACUUUGGUGAAGCGAUGGAUUACUGCAUCUAGGUUGUAUUGCAUUAGUUUAUGUAUAAUAAUGAACAUAAUACCAGUAUCACUAUAAGUGAUCAUACAUUAUUUGUGUAAAUAAUAGUAAACAACUUGUUAAUAAUAUUAAAAUUAUUAAUUGUUAGAACAAUCAGUAAAAUUUAUUUUAUUGAUUACUCUAACAGUCUUACUAUAGAGUUAUUAAUAGAUGUUAACAUCUGUCUAUUGUGGUAUAAUAUUGUACAGAAAAAAAAAAACAGAAACAAGUUCCUGUAAGGACAUUAUAGGCAUUAAGCAGGCAAGAGUCAGUCCUCCAAUUUUUUUUUUUGUAUCAGAAAUCCUUGUGCAUUUUGCAGACAGCAGACAAAAUUACUCUCGGAAUAGGCAGCAUAAACCUAAACAACAAAAUGGAAUUUAAUAUUAGUUUUAUUUCAUGAUAUACUUGUGGCUAAUCACCACACCAAUAUUUUCUAUUUGUUUUGAUGAAUAAAUUGUUGUUCCACGGCAGGGUAUUGCCAUUAAUAAAUAAUAUUGGUAAAGAUGGUAGAUUCUGGCAGGGUUUGUGAUUUUCUGAAAACAAUUUAAUAUUUCUAAACAGACUGACUUCACUGGCAGUGCCACCAAUAACUUCCAUGUAAAUGG